AUGUUUUUAUUCAUCUUUUCCUUCAUCUUUUCUUUUAUUUUUUCCUUCAUCUUUCUUCCAUAUUUUUAUUUAGCUUUUUAUUCAUCUUUCCCUUCAUGUUUUCAUUCAGCUUUUCCAUUAUCUUUCCUUCAUCUUUUCCUCUAUAUUUCUUUCAGUUUUUCAUUCAUCUUUUCAUUCAUCUUUUCUUUCAUGUUUUCAUUUAUCUUUCCCUUCAUGCUUUCAUUCAUUUUAUGCUUCAUCUUUCCUUCAUUUUUUCAUUCAUCCUUUCCUUCAUCUUUUCAUUCAUCUUUUCCUUCAGCGUUCAUUCAUAUUUUCCUUUAUCUUUCCUUUCAUCUUUUCAUUCAUUUUCCUUGCAUGUUUUCGUUCGUUUUUCUUCGUCGUAUUCUUCAUCUUUUUAUUAAUCUUUUCAGUCAUCUUUUUCUCUUAAUUAACCUGGCUUUCGAUUUUUUUUUUAAUUUCUUUCUUCAUUCUCUUCGUCAUCUCGUCUCCCUUCUUAUUUUCUUCUUCACCAAUUUUUCUCAUUUUCUUUAUUCUUCUUGUUAUGCUUUUUAUCAUAUUUUCCUAGUGAACUUCUUCACAAUAUUCUUAACUUCUUCCUCUUCUCUUCUUACUUUUCAUCUUCUUUUUUACUUUCUUUAUUUCAUUUAUUUAUACUAUUUUUCAUUUUUCUUUUUCUAUUUCUUUCUUUAUUUCUUCUUUUUACUAGACAUAUUUACAGUCGUCGUCUUCUUCUUAGUCAUCUUAUUUUUUGCUUAUCUCUUUUUUCUUAGUUUCUUCUUACCAACUUUUCUUUCUCGACUUCCCUAUCUUUCUCAUUUCGUCUCGUUUCUUCUUCUUCUUCUUUUUCUUCUUUUUCUUCUUCUUCUUCUUCUUCUUCUUCUUCUUCUUCUCUCACUUUUUUCUCGUAUUGUUUGGCAUUCCUUCAUUUUCUCUUUCUCCCUUCAUUUUUUUUCUUCUAUCCCCUUCUUUAUACUCGAUUCUUUAUACUUUCCGUUUCCUAUUCUUCUUCUUCUUCUUCUUCUUCUUCUUCUUCUUCUUCUUCUACUACAUUUAUUUCUUAUUCCUUCUCCUUUCACGACCUUUUCUUAUCUUCUGGCUUUGUUUGCUUCGCCAUCUUUCUCUGCGUCUAUUCUUUGCUUUUUUUUCUUUCAAUCUUUUUCUAUUUCAACUUCUUUAUCUUUUCUUCUUCCAAUUGUUCCUCUUUCUCUCCCCCUCCUUUCACAUAUUUCAACUUCUUUAUCUUUUUCUUCUUCCAAUUGUUCCUCUUUCUCUCCCCCUCCUUUCACAUAUUUCAACUUCUUUAUCUUUUUCUUCUUCCAAUUGUUCCUCUUUCUCUCCCCCUCCUUUCACAUAUUUCAACUUCUUUAUCUUUUCUUCUUCCAAUUGUUCCUCUUUCUCUCCCCUCUUUCACAUAUUUCAACUUCUUUAUCUUUUUCUUCUUCCAAUUGUUCCUCUUUCUCUCCCCCUCCUUUCAAAUAUUUCAACUUCUUUAUCUUUUUCUUCUUCCAAUUGUUCCUCUUUCUCUCCCCCUCCUUUCACAUAUUUCUUCUUUAUCUUUUUUUAUCUCUUUUUCUUCUUCCAAAUAUUUCCUUCUUUUCUUUUCUUCUUCCCCUCUUUUCACAUAUUUCAACUUCUUUAUCUUUUUUUUUCUUCCAAUUGUUCCUCUUUUCUCUUCCCCCCUCUUUCACAUAUUUCAACUUCUUUAUCUUUUUUCUUCUUCCAAUUGUUCCUCUUUCUCUCCCCCUCUUUCACAUAUUUCAACUUCUUUUAUUUUUUCUUCUUCCAAUUGUUCCUCUUUCUCUCCCCCUCCUUUCAAAUAUUUCAACUUCUUUAUCUUUUUCUUCUUCCAAUUGUUCCUCUUUCUCUCCCCCUCCUUUCACAUAUUUCAACUUCUUUAUCUUUUUCUUCUUCCAAUUGUUCCUCUUUCUCUCCCCCUCUUUCACAUAUUUCAACUUCUUUAUCUUUUUCUUCUUCCAAUUGUUCCUCUUUCUCUCCCCCUCCUUUCACAUAUUUCAACUUCUUUAUCUUUUUCUUCUUCCAAUUGUUCCUCUUUCUCUCCCCCUCUUUCACAUAUUUCGCACGCCGCUCUGUAUUCACGCAGACCCCAUUUGCCACCUGCCCAUAUUGCGACAUUUUCCUUUCAUUUCACUUUUUGUAAUUAAAAUAUUUUUCUAA